ACAAAUUUUGACGUAUGUAAAAUAAAUACCUUCUUUAUUGGAGUUAUUUUUAUGACAUGCAAAUAAAUUUGUACAAUGCAUUAUUUGAAAGAAUUUGAAUGCUAUUUAAAUACUUAAAUGCAUGCAUAUUAGUCUAUUUCGAAGAGACGUUUUACUCCAAAAUGUUUGAAAAGAUCUGAAAUAAAUUGCAACAAUGGAAUUAAAGGUUUGGGUGGAAGGAAUACAACGAAUAGUUUGUGGGGUAACAGAGGCAACAACUUGUCAAGAUGUAGUUUUUGCUUUAGCCCAUGCUACUGGGAAAUCUGGGAGAUUUACCCUUAUAGAGCGGUGGAGAAAUAACGAAAGACAACUUUCCCCUAAUGAAAAUCCAAUGAAGAUAAUAAUGAAAUGGGGUGAAUAUUCCAGUGAUGUCCAAUUUAUAUUACAGUGGAAUGAAAGUAAUAAAGGUGGACAGAACCCAAAACCUAGAUCGUCUAAUUCUAACACCCCAUCACAUAUGUCAAAUAAUUUUAAUUCUGAAUCUCCAGAGAGGCUUCGGGAGCUUCAUAAAUCAUUAACAUUUAGCGGCAGCCACGUUCCACCCCCUGAGAAUAUUGGUGUGGUGAAGGGGGUACAACAAAUCAAACCCGUAUCAUUAGAAGUUAGAGAAUCAUAUUCCAACUCACCACACAGUUCUCCCAAAAAGAGCAGUUGCUGUGGUUCAGAUUUGUCUGAUUCUCCUAGUCAGCGCAUCGCUCCGCCAUACAAGGAUCCCCCUGCACCCCCUCCGUAUCGCGAUCCACCACCACCUACCUCAUCUGUAUACCACGACAAAUAUAAAAAAAAUCUACUUCAGGAAUCUAAUAAGGUGCAUAAGGACAAAGAAGAUAGUAGGAAUAAACUACAUGAAAGUGUUUUAUAUAAUGCUCAGUACAGAGAACUCAUCGCUUUGAUCAAUUAUCAAAGAGAAAAAUUGUCAAAUCAGCAAACCGAUCUUACAAAAGUUGACGCAGAAAUUGUAUUUCUUGAAGGAAAAGAAAGAGAAAAACAGCUGCAGUUAGACUUCAUUGCUCAAGAACUUAUAACGAUUUCAAACGCGAGUAAAAAUAACCUGGAACAAAUACAGGCGUUAAGCUACGUGGAAGAAGAAAGCGAGAUAGUAAAGCAGCAGGAAAAAACCUUGCAGUCCGAAAUAACUCUGCUUAGAUCAAAAUUAGCGAAUUGCGAAACUGAACUGUUGCAAUGCAAGAAUAAGAUAAGGUUACUCAUGGACGAGUUGCAUAUAGAGCAAAGAUCACAAAGUAGGAGGAUGGAGUCCCGAAAACAGCUAGAAAGAAACUUGCUGGCUGAAGUUGAGAGACUUCAGAAAGAUAUAGAAUUAGCUAAGCAAAGUACCGAUUUGCAUCAUCUUACAGCUGAAACGCUUAAACGAGAGGUAGCCUCGUUGGAAACAGCCAUAAUGGAAAAGAAAAAGCAAGUGGAACACCUAGUUGCCGAGAUGAAGGAGGCAAAUCUUCAAAGUUUGAGCAUAGUGCCCCCAGAAGACAUAAGGCAAAUCAUAGAGGGUCCGACAAAAGCGGGAAGCACUAGAAAAAUGAUAGGGUCUCCGAGACAGCUCGAGAAUGCCGUACCAACUAAUAAAAACCCGCACGGUGUCUGGGUUUAGAUUUUUUUAGGAAACAAUAAUACUUUGCUAAUGGUUUUACUAGUGUGUACAUAUUAUAUCACUUAUCUUUAUUUAUAUCCGUUUUUAAGUCUGAUAGUUUAUAAUUACAUAUUAUAUAUAUAUAUGCGCCAUGUUUCUAGGUUAAGUAAAUUAUAAAGAUGUUAUUUAUUGUUAGGUGAUUGGAUGUUUUAAUUUAGAAUGUUUGUUAUCUCUAUCGUAAGAUUAUAAUAGAAAAGAUUUUAUUUUCUUUCUUGAUAACCUUAUUUAUGCACUUCUUUUCUUAUUCUUUAAGUACACUGCCAUAUUUUUUUUGUAUGACAUAUC